AUGAUAUAAUAGAUUAAAAUUUACAAUAAUUUAGAUAAAUUUUUAAACUCUUCACUUUAGUCUCAUAAUGCUCUCCAUAUUGAUCUUUAUUAAAUUAAUGCAAUUGGUGCAAUAUUUUUAGGUCCUGCUUUAGCAAAUUGCACUAAUCUCUCAAAUUUGACUCUUAAUCUUAAUAAGAAUUAAAUUGCUAAUCAAAGUGCAUCAGGAUUAGGUUAUGCUUUAGGAAGUUGCACUAAUCUCUCUAAUUUGAUACUUAAUCUUGAUUCCAAUUAAAUUGGUAAUGAAGGUGCUACAUGCUUAGGUUAUGGCUUAGCAAAUUGCACUAAUCUCUCUAAUUUGAAACUUUAUCUUUCUUCCAAUUAAAUUGGUGAUGAAGGCGCAUCAGACUUAGGUUCUGCUUUAGCAAAAUGCACUAAUCUCUGUAAUCUGACACUUAAUCUUAAUAUGAAUUAAAUUGGUGCAAUUGGUGCAUAAGGCUUAUGUUCUGCUUUAACAAAUUGCACUAAUCUCUCUAAUCUGAGACUCAAUCUUACUCAUAAUAAAAUUGAUGCAAUUUAUGCAUCAAACUAAGGUCCUGCUUUAUCAAAUUGCACUACACUCUCUAAUUUGGCUCUUUAUCUUUGUAAUAAUAAAAUUGGUUCAAUUAGUGCAUCAGACUUAUAUUUUCCUUUAGUAAAUUGGACUAAUCUCUCUAAUUUGACACUUAGUCUUGAUUACAAUUAAAUUGGUGCAAAUGGUGCAUAAUACUUAGGCUCUGCUUUAGCAAUUUGCACUAAUCUCUCUAAUUUGACUCUUAAUCUUAAUUCCAAUUAAAUUCGUGAUGAAGGCGCAUCAGACUUAGGUUUUGCUUUAACAAAUUGCGCUAAUCUCUCAAAUUUGACACUUUAGCUUGAUUGCAAUUAAAUUGGUGCAAAUGGUGCAUCAGGUUUAGGUUCUGCUUUAGCAAAUUGCACUAAUCUCUCUAAUUUGGCACUUAAUCUUAAUUAGAAUUAAAUUGGUGUGGAUGGUGUAUUAAGCUUAGGUUAUGCUUUAGCAAAUUGCAUUAAUCUCUCUAAUUUGAAACUUAGUCUUCGUUGCAAUUAAAUUGGUGCAAAUGGUGCAUCAGGCUUAGGUUCUGCUUUAGCAAAUUGCAUUAAUCUCUCUAAUUUGACACUUAGUCUUCAUUGCAAUAAAAUUGGUGAUGAAGGUGCAUCAGGCUUAGGUUUUGGUUUAGCAAAUUGCACUAAUCUCUCUAAUUUGACACUUGAACUUAAUUGCAAUUAAAUUAGUGCAAUUGGUGCAUCAGGUUUAGGUUCUGCUUUAGCAAAUUGCACUAAUCUCUCCAAUUUGACACUAGAUCUUUAUAGGAGUUAAAUUGGUGAUGAAGGUGCAUCAAGCUUAGGUUGUGCUUUAGUAAAUUACACUAAUCUCUCUAAUUUGACACUUAAACUUUAGGUAAAUGAAAUUGGUGAAAUUGGUGCAUCAUACUUAGGUUCUGCUUUAGAAAAUUGCACUAACCUCUCUAAUUUGACACUUGAUCUUUCUUUCAAUAAAAUUGGUGCAAUUGGUGCAUCAGGCUUAUGUUCUACUUUAGCAAAUUGCCCUAAUCUCUCUAAUUUGACACUUUCUCUUAAUGGAAAUUAAAAUGGUAAUGAAGGUUCUCUCUUAAGAAAGUUCCUUAAUUUCUUUAAUUUGAAACUUAGUCCUAGUAAAAUUAGUGAUAAAGAUGCAUCAAGCUUAGGUUCUGGUUUAGCAAAGUGCACUAAUCUCUUAAAAUUGAGAAUUGAUCUUAAUUAAAAUAAAAUUAGUAAUAAAGGUCUAUCAGGCUUAGGUUAUGGUUUAAAAAUGUGUACUAAUCUCUCAUCUUUAACACUUUUUCUUGAUAAAAAUUAAAUUGGCGAUUUAGGUGCAUCAGUUUUAGGUACUAGUUUAGGUAAGUGCAGUAAUCUCUCAAAUUUGACACUUGAUCUUUCGUGGAAUUAGAUAAAUGAUUAAGGUACAUCAAACUUAGGUUCUGGUUUAGAACAGUGCACUAAUCUCUCAAAUAUCACACUUUUUCUUGAUUAAAAUAUAAUUGGUAAAAUGGGAGCAUUAGGCUUUGGUAAAAGUUUAGGAAAGUGCACUAAUCUCUCAAAUUUGACACUUAGUUUUUAGUUUAAUUAAAUUGGUGAUGAAGGUGCAUCAGGCUUAUGUUUUAAUUUAGCAAACUGCAAUAAUCUCUCAAAUUUAAAACUUUAGCUUUAGGAAAAUUCUAUAGGUAAUGAAGGUGCAUCUGGAUUAAGUUCUAGUUUAGGAAAGUGCAUUAAUCUCUAAUAUUUGAAACUGAACCUUUCUUGCAAUUAAAUUGGUGCAAUUGGGGCAUCAAAAUUAGGUUCUGAUUUAGAAAAGUGCACUAAUCUCUCUAAUUUCGAACUUUAACUUGCAUACAAUUAAAUUGACCUUAUAGGUGCAUCAGAUUUAGGUUCAGGUUUAGGAAAGUGCACUAAUCUUUCAAAUUUAACACUUAAUCUUUAGUGCAACCAAUUCUAUUAUUCUUAGUUAGAAUAAAUGAAAGUAAAGUGUCUUAAAUCAAAAAGAUUAGUUGACUUAAAAAUAGAAAAAAGGACUAAUAUCUAUUAAUAAAUUUGA